UAAUGAAAUUGAUUUCCUGCGUCGGGAUUAAUUUGGAUAUGAAAACAGUAGUUCUAUUUUUUAAAACCUUAACUUAAAUGGCUUUAGAGCUGUUGUUUUCAUGUCUUUUUUUCUCCUCUGUGAUCGCGCAAAAGAUCAGUGAGCCUAAUUUCUAUGACGAUAAAGACGAUCAACAAAAUCUAGAUUACUUUAGUAAUAUCCAGUCUUACCCUAUAUUUGACCCAGUUUUAGAAGACGAAAAUAGUGAUUUUGAACUAUCAGAUAUUAUUGCUCUGUCUGAAGCGGCUGUCGACUAUGAUAUUGACAUAUACACGAAAGAGCAAAAGCAAUACAUUGUCCAUUUACACAAUUUGUAUAGAUCUAAUCAAACUGAACCUAUUCCCAAAGGCUCUGAUCUGACUUAUAUGGAGUACAAUAACACUUUGGAAUGGACAGCUUAUUUGUAUUUGAAGAAAUGCCAGUUCAAACACGGUUUCUCUGAAAAAGACAACAUGACGACGAAGCAAGGUCAGAAUCUUUACUGGGGUUGGAGUACAGACAUUAAUCGAUAUAUGUGGAUGUAUUAUGAAGAAUAUAAAUGGUAUUUCUUUAAUAAUCUUACAUGCAUGCAACCAUAUCCUCAAUAUAUGUGCGGUCAUUUCACUCAGUUAUUCUGGGCAGAAUCUUUGCAUGUCGGAUGUGCACGAAGAAGUUAUUGUUUCCCCACUAGCAGGAAAAAAAUUAUAGCAAACUGUCAUUACAUUCCUAAAGGAAAUUACCAAGGCCCUGCAUUUGAACCCUACCGCUACGGGUGGCCUUGCACAAGAUGUCGCUUUUCAGAUGGUAAUCUGUGUCAUAAAAAUUUAUGUGUUGACAAAAGAAUUUGCAAGGAAUAUAAACUCGAUUGCAGUUGUCAAACAGCAUGUAAAAAUUGUGUUAAACCUAAUCCGAAAACUUGCAAAUGUGAACCAUGCAAAUAUGGCUGGGAUUACGAAGACUGUUCUUUCCCUUGCAUAGACGCCAUUGAUGCCUCGUCCUUCCCCAGAUUAUGCUAUAAAAAUUCUGAGUACAAAUAUAAUAAAAGUUGUGAUAAACUACCCGGUCUAAAAUGGUGUAGGAAGUUCUGUGGUCGAUGCUUUGCCCUUGAUCUUACGAAAAAAGACAAGCUUUGCUGCGGCGGUAAAAUUUGUGAAAAAUAUUAUGUUCUGGAUGAAAGAACUUGCGAAUGUGUUUUAGAUUGUCCUUCACCAUUGUGUCUUUUCCCACCAUCUACCACUCCAUCUCCUCUUCGAAACGCUGCUUCAGUAAAUGUACCAAUCGGAAACAACUUUAGCAAAAUUUUAUGUUUUAUAAUAACUUCUUCGCUUUUUUUUUAAUUACUUCUAUCUGUUUAUUAAUACUGCAAAUAAUGAUAAUUUGGUAACUGUAUUAAAGUAGCAUUUGAAUUCAAGUGUUUUUCGUUGUUCAAACUUAAUGCAAAGGUAAAUUUGAAUUUCUAUAACUUUCCUGUGAUAUUUUUUUUAAUCUCUGUCUAGUUGAGUACCGAUAUAAUAAUUUUCAUUUAUACUCUAGAUCAGGGAUUCC